AUGCCUUCUCUCUGCGACCUACCGGAUGAAAUCCUCCUAGAGGUCGUGCGCUGCCUUCAAGCCAUCCGCUCUUAUGAAACCCAAUCUGUAGCUUUCAGACACAAAGGAACCGAGAAAGGAAGGCAACGCGAAAAUCAUGUCAGGCAACAAACUUUGCACGCACUCUGCCUGACGUCUCAUCGCUUGCGGUGCAUUUCGCUACCAACCUUAUAUGCCUCGUCCAUUACCUGCGCAUCAUGGGGCGGCUUCACACAGCUUCGACUGUUUCACAGAACGAUCAGUAGCCCCGAAAAAGCACUAGGUCAAUCCACGCACUUAGCCAAACAUGUGCAAUACGUCGAGAACCGGCUUGCGGACUACUUAGGCAACAGCCUUCAAGAAGACGAGAUAUUUAGAGAGAAAUCUGCCUUCAGCUACUUCCAUCUACUUUCGAAAGUAGUGCUAUGUGCGCCAAAUCUGGAAAACCUUUGUGUCGUCAGUUUGGAGCAUGGUGAGGUAUCAUUCUGGGACCACCUUCUGCCUCAGCCACAUCCUUCCUCGCACCUAGAAGGUCAUGGUCUCGGCAAGCUCAGGUACCUUACCGUGCAAAUCCAUGCUCACGCAUGGUCCACAGCGCUUAGAUUGACAGUGUUUGAACGCAUCUCACUGGCUCUGCAAUCGUCUGCCAUGCUUUCAGAACUUCGGGUAUCUGGUGCCUCCACGCACCACGAAUUCGGACUGAUUGCUCGCUCUCAAAAAUUCUCAAAUCUAAGGCGACUGGACCUGACAGAGUGCUGCCUCGAAAUGGACGAGGUCGCUGAAUUUCUAUCGGCUUGCAAAGAUGUACGUCACUUUGCAUGCAGGUGGGCAUAUCUGAACGGUGCACAUACUGGGCCAUCCAAACUACACACUGUCCUGCUAGCUCGUACAGGUAUACUGGAAUCUCUUACGUUGGACACCCGAGAGAUCAGAUACAACCCGAACAUUCAACUCGAAUCGAAGGUGUUUGGUUCUCUGCAACCUUUGAGAGGCCUCAAGUCUUUGGAAAUUUGCGAGACUGGAUUCUUGGAUUGCAAUCUCUCACUACUGGAUUUUCCUGAUCUGCAAGUGAACCCCAAACUAUCUAUGUUAUUACCAGAAAGCCUUGAGCAUAUGACGCUGCUCGCACGCGGCGACUACAACAGUUACGAUGAGGACGUCCUCGAGGAAGCUUCUUGCCUACGGCGACUGGCUCGCGACCGCCUGACAACUUUGCUGCAGUUGAAGACAUUGUGUAUUGUGGCGAGACAUAAUCUCUCUGCACCAAGACUUGUGACUGCAUUCAAAAGGGCUGGACUUCGGUUUCACAUUAAAAUGGAGGACUGA